UCGUGUUACCAUACUGUCCAUAGAUAUGGUGUGACUCAAUCAGGAAGUUCUGUUAUCAAUAUCAGGACGUCGAGUUUCCUGCCUUAUUUGAGUUGUUUUCUCUCUGCAGUGUCACUGUUAGUUACUGAACGUAGAUUACUGGUUGUGCUUGCAGACAAGUCUCAGCGAUUUAUUUGGUAGAGAUGACGCUAGUAAUGAAAAAUCGUUGGGUCGUAACCAACUGUCUGCAUUUAAUUGGAUUCAUGGACCUGUUGGGAGUCAGUAUGAUACUAUACAUGAUGCCAGGUCAUAUUAAAGAGUUGGGUGGUUCUGCUACUAUAGGUGGACUGAUUGGAGCGACAUAUGGAGGUGUGCAGUUGUUCUCUAGUCCACUUGUGGGGAAGUGGAGUGACCUGCGUGGACGACGGUACACCUUGCUCGUCUGCCUGCUGAUGACGGCCAUGUCCUACUACCUGAUGUCAAUUUCUGAUUGGCUCUCAGUGGUAUUGAUCUCUCGACUCAUAGUAGGCGUGUUCAAGCAUAGCCAGAACAUGUGUAAAUCUUACCUCGGGGAGAUUCACCUACACGAGGAUAGGCCAACGGCUUUCGGUCACUUCAAUGCAUUCUCUAGCGCAGCCUUCAUCUUUGGUCCAUUGAUUGGCGGCCAUAUUGCUGACUCAACUGGAGGGUUCCAUGCGGUGUGUGCUCUCAGCGGGACCACCUUCUUGGUGAACAUAGCGCUUUGCUGGUUAUGCGUACCGGAGAUAACGCAUCGGGGACACGAGACGAAGAUCAACGGUGGUCCGACCACCGACAACAGUCUGCACGCCAACAACAAUAAGCAACCCGACGACGACGCGCCGCCCUGCGUCCCCGCCGCCGCCGCCGAGGAGGAGUCGGCGUCGUUCUCGCCACGGCAGCUGCUGUCGUCGCUGUUCGACCGCGACAUGUGGAACGCGCUGACGGACGUGUUCGUGCUGCAGUUCAUGCUCAGCCUGCCGCUGAUCAUGUACCGCACCAACUUCAGCAUGCUGCUGCGCGAGAAGUACGCGACGUCGCACCGCACCAACGGUUACAUCACGUCGCUGACGACGAUCGUCGGCGUCGCCGCCAGCUUCGGCGCCGGCCGCGCCGUCCGUCUCUAUGGCAACGACGUCGCGCGCCUCUACCUGCACGCGUCGGCGCUGCUCGCCGUCUGCCUCGUCGCGCUCGCCUACGCGCCCAACCUGCACGUUCUCUUGUUCUUCCUCGCGCUGCUCAGCAUCUCGUCGGCGAUCGCGCGCAUCUGCAGCCGCCAGAUCGUCGUCUCGCGUUGCCACGCCGACGAGAUCGGCGGCGUGACGGGCAUGUCCGGCACGGUGACGUCCGUCGCCCGCAUGGUGGCGCCACUGCUCGGCGGAAUCGCGAUGGACGUUGCCCUCGAGGGUCCUGAGCUGCUGGGCAUCGCCAUAGUGAUAGUCGCCGUCGGCUACAUGUUAAAAUAUCCGCCCGUGUACGACCAUGACAAGGCUGCUGUCGCGGGCGCCAACCGCUUGUCCAAGAAAUUGAAGUGAGCCAGGAGUUUUUCUUUGUUUUGUUAUAUUGUGAACUUAAAUAUACUUGUGCAUGGUCCUCAAUCUCUUGUCCGCAAUCCCUGUGCGAGAUGAGUUUCGGAAGUCGGUAUUCAGAAUUUGGAAUUUUUCGGAUUACGGAAUGUGCGUUGUUAUACGUGUGCCAUGCAUGGUGGCACGUGAACAGGGCUGUGGCAGCAACCCACAAGCUAAAAUGGUAAUAUUACUGCGGCGAACUUUAUGAAUAUUCACAUUAAAUAGGAUAAAUAAAGACUAUAAAUGGUAUAAUAGUUUAUUUGUCACGUCGUGGACACGAGUGAUGCUCCAUGAAAAAAAAAUUCCAUCCGUUUUUCUAGCUGAAAAUGUGGAUAAGGGCUUGUGGACCUGUGUAGGUAUGUUCGUGGUUACGCUUAAUCCUUCGUGGUGAGCUUAUAUCCUUACGAUGGCAAAUUAAAUUGCCUUACACACUUCUUGGUGAAUGUGUAUGUUUCUGACGAAAAAUCUUUAGUUUUAUAUAAUCGUUGAGUGUAUGUGUUAUAUUGGAGGAUAUUCAUGAAUUACUCAUUUAAAUGUUGCCUAUACUGUUAUACAAUGUAUUUUCUUCCCAAAGAAAUAUAUUAAAGAUAUAUUAUAUAUAUAUAUAUAUAUAUAUAUAUAUAUAUAAGUGUUAUUAUAUUAAACAAAUAAUUUUACCCCAAAGGGUAUGGCCCUUGCAAUCAUGUAAUUUACACGCGUUUCAUGCACUAACACGAAUAAAUUUCCCAUGAAGCAUUUUUGUCACAUUGUUAUAAUGCGCUCCUGGUUGAUAUUAUUACUCUUAUAUUGCCCUAUACCACUCUUUCAUGAUGUCAGCAGAACAGUGGCAGUGCCCGUGAACACUGAAAGAUUUUAGCUACCUGGUAUUAGUAGCAAUAUGCACACUCGGUACUAGUUUCAGAAGUGAAUAACACAAUUGUUUUUAGUCACUUCUGCCAGUACAGAUAUGUAAAUGUUAUCGGUAUAUAUAUUUAUAUUAUAUCACCUGCAGCUAGUUCUGCUGUGUUUUAACCUAAUUUUCGCAACUAUAUGUGUGAACUUACUACGAUUGAAAACAUUUAUGCAGUGUUAUGCGAAGUUGUGUGGAUUUCGAUUAUGUAUUUGUUUUUCUUUUAUUGAAAUUUGUCACUAGACCUGUAUCUUUAAAGCCAGUCUAUGAUGUUUGUGCUUUUGAUCGAAUGUGGCGUGUAAUCUGCAAAUGAAGGAAAAAUAUUUUGAUAGGUUUUAGCCUUUUUACGAAUGUGGGAUGUCGUCAUGCCAGCCAUUUAUGUUAAAUUUCAUAUCUGGUGAUUUUUGAUUCGUCAUUAUUCAAUGCUAUCUGACGCGAUUUUCUUUAUUCUUAUAUCUUCUAUAAUAUAUAUUCACAGUUGAAUUACGAAGUGAGUGUAACGUGGGAAAUGUAGUUAUUUUAUUAUAUAAGUUAUAUUAAAGUACGAUGUCAUACAUAUAUAUAUAUAUAUAUAUAUAUAUAUAUAUAUAUAUAUAUAUAUUGUGGUCAGUAUAAAGACACCAAAUCACUGACAACCAGACGUAUAGUCUGAGCGUCCACGACGUCCUAUUUUUUGCUCCCCUAUGUAACAAAAUACGAAUUCGCAACAGUCAUGUGGGCAGAUUUGUGUCCGUAAAAAAGCGCCUUUAAUGCUUGUCUUGAGUGAUCGCUGUAACGUAUGGCCAAUGGAUAUCUUUUAAUAUAAACUUUUUGUUGUGUGAAACUGUGUUCUCUUGACAGUAAAAUCAUUACAGAUAUUCUUGAA